AGCACCCGUAUUAGUGAAUUACUAAUAAAAACAAACCAUCGAUAAAACAGCUGUGUUCCAUUAUUACUUUGUUCCCUUGAAAAAUACAGAUUCGCUGUCACUGCGUUUUUUCUUCAUCGAUUGUGAAAGUUUAUAGAAGAAUUCUGCUUUAUUAAAUUAAAUAUAUUGCAAUGGCAGAAGAAUGGCCCUCGCAAAAAUUUCGCCAGAGCAUGAUUGCAAAAAUAAACCAAGCACUACAAACCACGGAUCCUACUAAAAAUGCUGGUGUUAUGGAAAAUCAUAUUUUCAAGAAGUCACGCAGCAAGGAGGAAUACAUGGGUUUGGUGGCGAAACUUUUUAUGCAUUUUCAAGAUUUGGCACAAAGCUACGCAGGAAAGCCUACACAACCGCCGCCGCAACAAAAUGCCGAAAUGAACCAGCAAGGUAUGAUGCCAGACCCCUUAAACGCGCUCCAAACACUUGCUAGCCAAGGUAAUCGUAAUGCCCAAAUGGCUGGCGGUCCCAAUCCCAAUCAAAUGGGCCCUGGAGGUCCUGCUGCUGCGACAAAUUUAUUACAAACACUAAGUCAGCAGCGACCGGGACAACAGAUGCAACAAAUGCAGGGUAUACGUGGGCAAAUGCCCAUGGGUGCUGGUCCCAAUCAACAGAUGAUGCAACAAAUGAGUGGAAAUAUGGGUGGUGGUGGUAUGCAAAUGAAUGUUAUUGGUGGUGGUGGUGGUAUAGGUAAUGCAGGUGGACAGCAGCCGCACAUGGUUGGCAAUGCCCAGCAAAUGGGUGGUAUGUCUGGCCAGAUGAAUCAAAUGGGCGGCGGAGGCCCCGGUGGGCCAGGUGGUCCUGGUGGCGCAGCACAACAAAUGCAAAUGGGUCCCGGCCAAAUGCAAGGUGGACCUAUGAAUGUGAACGCUAUGAACGUACAAAUGCAACAAAUGGGACAACAACAGAUGGCACAAAUGGGUAUGAAUCACCAACAGCUCAACCAAAUGAUGAAUGCACGUAUGAAUGCCGGGGGUCCGAUGGGACCAAAUGCAGGACCACAAGGCAUGCAGGGCAUGCCACCAAAUAUGCAACAGAAUCAAGGUGGCCCAAUGCAUGCAGGCAAUGUAGUGGGUGGGCCACAAGGCCAACAAGGUGGUGGCAUGCCACAAAAUGCUGGGCAGCAAGGUGGCAUGAACCAAAUGAUUGGUAUAGCGCCAAAUAUGCAGCAAAAAGCAAACAUGCCUAUGGGUCAAGGUGGUCAAAUGUUCCAAGUUAACCGUGGUGUUCCUGGUCAACAGCAACAGUUCUUACGUCAGAGCCCCUCACCAAGCACGGUCCCAUCACCUGCCGGCAUGACAGCGGUCCAACAACAAUUGCAGCAACAGCAACAACAACAGCAGCAGCAACAACAGCAACAGCAGACAGCACAGAAUCAGCAACAGCAGCAACAACAGUCGCAAAUGCCUAAUCCACAAAUGAUACCCAGCCCAGCGCUAGUGCCGACCUCAAGUCCACAAAUGUCGAAUCUCAUGCAGAACUCACAACGGCAAAUGCGUCAAUCGCCCAGCGCCCCACUCAACACACCGGGUCAGGUGGCCAGCAACAGCCCUUUCAAUCCACAAGAAGAUCACUUGUAUCGCGAGAAAUACAAACAACUAACCAAGUAUAUUGAACCACUGAAACGCAUGAUGGCCAAAAUCGGCACUGACGGCGCAAAUACCGAAAAAUUCACUAAAAUGAGCAAAUUACUGGAGAUUUUGAGUAAUCCAAAUCAGCGUGUGCCCCUAGAAACGCUGCUAAAAUGCGAGAAAGCGCUGGAGAAACUGGACAUAGUUAAUUUCACAGGUCAACAAUUUGGCAAAUCUUCAAAUCCACUGAUGGAAGUUGUUAAUACAACACUUCAAAGCCCACUGGCCAAUCACACACUGCAUCGCACUUUCCGUCCUUGCUUGGAGCUACUCUUCGGCACUGAUAUAUGCGCACCCGCACCGGCCAAAAUACAGCGCAUGUCCGAAAAGCCCUCUCAGUACGAGUGUGAGAUACCGCAUGUUCUGCAAGGUGAAAUAGCGCGCUUGGAUCAGAAAUUUAAGCUAACACUAGACGGCACAACGCAAAACAAUCCCAAAUCUAUCAAAGUAAUUUGCUGCCUCGAUGACAAGCGAUUACCAUGUGUACCACCAAUUACCGUUACUAUACCAGAGGAGUAUCCGAUGGCGUCGCCUAACUGCGCCCUGGCUCAACACGAGUAUGCCACUACGCCAUUCCUGAAAGCGGUACAGGAUGCGCUAAAAGCGCGCAUUGCCAAAUUGCCGAAAUUAUACUCGUUGUCACAUUUACUGGACACCUGGGAGAUGUCGGUGCGUCAAGCUUGUUCACCAAACAACAAAAAUAUUUUGGAUUUGGCUGCAGUUUUUGGAGCUUAAGCGUUCUGAAAUCAUAAACAACUCGCUCAUUUAUUGUAUACCGUUAUUUAGCAUGCAAUGUUUAACUUUUUUUAUUUUUACCUUUUUCAUGUCAAAUCGAACCAAUAAUAUUUUUGUAUAUGAAGUAGCAUACAAUGUCAAUAUAUGGACGUUUAAAAUACAUAAUAAUAUAUACUAUACCGUA